AUGGCCGCCAUGGAAGCCGAGCUCGACUGGAUCCGUUGCUUUCGUGACGGAUUAGACGAGGCAAAGGCAAAACAGUUGAUCAGCGACGAGGAGUUUUCUACCGAAAUACAGCCAUUUCUGAGUUCCUCCAAAAGCCUGUCCCAGAACCUCAAGGUUUUGCAAUGUCAGAGGAGGCUGAUUGAAGACGACUUAACGGAGGAACUCCAGAGCCCGAUGAUGGGAUCCUGGAGCGGGCUUGAGGAUAUUGACAAAAAGGAACUGACCUUCCUCGGUGACAACCGACCCGCCUGCCGUUACCUUUUCUUCCGCUUCGUCAUUUCGUAUAUCUACGCCAGGAUCAAUGGCAACGAUGUAGUAAGAGAAAAACUCAACAGACAUAACUUCUGGCCGACUAUGGCCCGUUAUCUACAUAGGCCCACGCUUGUUACCCUGGCACGCUGCUUCUCGGGUACGGAGCUGCCACCAUCGCUGCUCGAAACAAAUACAUUCGAGCCAGACGGAGAACAGGACAAACAAGCAGGCCAAGAUAUCGGUAUGCUACUCGGCGCCGAUAUCAGAGAGGCCCUCAUAUCUAGUAUGGAAGAAAGGGAAAAGGAGGAUGAGGAUGAGGAAGAAACUACUGACGAGGAGUACGGUAGUAGUGAUGAGUAA